GCAGCCUGCACCCAGCACGCACGCGUCCCUGCGUCGCCCGCCACACUUCUCCCCUUGUCCUCCGCAUUUUACUGCGUCCAACAACGGCAAACUCCGUCGCCUCCCACCCGUCAUCCUCCUGCAAAGAGGCAGAAGCAAACAAAACCCAAGCAGCGGCGUCGGCUCCGGCCAUGCCUCAAAAGCGGCCUGGCAGCGCCGAAAGCCCCAUCUCGACCAAGGUCAAGCUGCCCAAGUUUGAACGCGACACGGAAGACUUCUCGAGCGUUGUCAAAUCCAAGCUACAAGCCUACACGCGCACAGGACAGGCAUGCGACCGAUGCAAGGUCCGCAAAAUCAGAUGUGAUGCCUUACCUCAAGGAUGCUCCCAUUGCGCCAACCAGAACCUGGAGUGCUUCGUCACCGACAGGGUCACGGGUCGUACAGAGCGACGUGGCUAUAUACAGGACCUGGAACGCGAGAAGACCGACAUGUUGAAUCACAUCCGCGCACUGGAGAAAGUGCUUGAGAACAAUGGCAUCGAAGUUAUACCGUGGAAAUGGGGGCCUCGCGACGAGAAUUACCCACCUGGCGUCAUGUUUGACUCCAUGGGAUACCCAGUGGUGCCGCCGGCUGAAGCUGGCAAGAGCCAGUGGUCGCGGGUCGAAACGGUUUGGACUCGCAACAAACUCGAAACAAAACCAACGAGUAUUCCUUCGUUGUACCACAUGCCCCAGCCCACGGCAUCGUCCAAGACUUUGGAAUCGAGGGCCUAUGAUGGCUGCCCGGGCGUCGGUUCUGACUUCGCGCCUUUGAGCUCCAUCAAGGGAACGAAGCUGUCCAUCCUCGGCACGACAGUUGAUGUAACAUCCUUUCUGGCCCCCGACAUGGACGACUUACCUACAUCUGGCGCGCCGUUGUACAACCGGUCUGCCCAGGCCUUUAUACAAUCCGCUUACAGGUUGAACCCGCCAUUGCCCGCGGAGCUACCACCUCGGAGUGAGGCUUUCGAGUACGCCGAGUGGUACUUCAUCAUCUGCCACCCGUUCGGCCCGAUCCUUCACAAGCCGUCGUUUAUGACCCUUCUUACACGCAUAUACGACGAUCCGGCCUUCGUGGCCACCUCUGCGGAGCUUGUUGUUGUGCACAUGGUCUUCGCCACCAUAUAUUUUCAGUACGGUGUGCGCAAUCCUCAGAACCUAGAAAGACACAGGCAGCUCGAUAGACUUGCCAGUCAGCACUACCACUACUGCCUAAACAAGUUCUGUGACCUGGAAGCCGAUCGGACCAUCACGUCUGUACAGGCUCUCCUCUUGUUGGGCUUGCAUAUGCGCGGAUUUUCAAAGCCCGGUGGUGCCUACCUGGUUAGUUACUCUGCUUUUGCGAAGGCCAUCGAGUUGGGUCUGAACAAGGCGGCGCCUGGUGUACUUGACGGAAGUGUGCUCAAUCUCGAAACGGAACUUCGAAGUCGGGCUUGGUGGUCAGUCCUCGUCCUGACUACUGCGCUGAAUGGUCACCUGGGUAGGCCAAUGGUCGUUACUAUGCAAGACUUUGACGUGCCCCUCCCGACACCCAUUCCGGAGGAGUGUCUCACGGCAGACGGAAUCACGGACCGUUCACGAAUUGGUGAAUGUACCUACUGGGUUGGUUUGGCGAUAUACCAGAUCACGCCAGCGUAUAUGGACCUCUAUGCGAAUAUUUACAGCAUACGGCGGGACCCGAGACGUCAUGCCGAGGUCGUUGCGCGUAUCGAAGAGCAGGUUGCUAAAUGGAAGGAGGAACUUCCUGCCGAGCUGCGUGCUGACGACGAGGAACAGGUCAGCCAAAGUGGGAAAGCGAAGCUGUUCGCCCUCAUCGCCCGUGGAGUUUAUCUCGAAUUGCGGCUCAUGCUGAGGCACCCGUCUGCGUGCCCCUUGGUAGACCCAGACUACCAGGCCGAGAAUACGCGCUUGAGCGAGGAGAUGUCAAGGGAACUUCUUGACCAUGUCACCACUGUUCUUAAGCUUAAGUCUGGAGACACGACGUGGUAUCAGAUAUCUACAUACGUUGCCGCCGUCUCCUGCACUCUGGCUGCCAACUGGGAGAGGAGAUUCAGCAUUACCCAAGAAGAGGUUGCGAGAUUAAGGCGGGAGAUGAACAGGUGGCUUGGCAUCAUCGAAGAGACCGGAAAGUCCCUCGGGUCCCAGGUUGGCGUUUGUGCCGACAUCAGCAAAAUUAUCAAUCACACCAUUGCCGGGAUAGAAGCGGUUCGCAGGGGAGGUUCGCAGUCGGCAAGGUCUUCGGUAAAGACUUCAUUGUCUGACGAACAGACCCGAGAGCAGCGCAAGCCAUCGCCGGAAUGGUCGCGCGUGCCCAAAAGCCGGUCAACUCCGGUCGAAGCUUCCAGCGCCGGAGAUAUGAACGGCAGCUGUUUUGGCAAUACUAACACAGUCUACCAGCCCGUCACAACCUUUGAAGAUCACAGUAAUUCCAUAACAAGUGGUGCCUCAGUGCCGCCGACCUCACUGGGGUUUGAUCCCAACAUAAGUCUCUACCAUACUGGUACAGGCAUUUCUACAACAGAUGCAGGCCCAGAUGCCACCCAUCAGCAACAGCCUAAUCCAUUGGUUGCAUUCGCAUCACAGGCGACACAGCAGUUAGCCAGCUUCCACAGCCCGAGCGACGAGGCAGUGACCAACGCCAACGAGUCUGUCACUGCCCUCAACACCUGGUCCGGGAACAAAAAUUGGGUCGAUUGGACGUCUGCCUUGUCUGAUUGGCAAGAUAGAUGUAGUGCAAAUACGCUACUUCACCUUGGAGGGUCUGCUCACCAGCCUAUGAGUCAACACCAGGCUCAGCAACAGCAAUUUGUGAUGAAUGGUCAGCAUCCUCACCCGACCGAUAUUGGUGGAUGUCUACCUGUUGUGCCUGUUACUUCGGCUAAACAGUGGCCUUUACUUGUUUUUAAUCACGACGGGACAUCUCUUGGCUGAGAGCUACAUAUCUAAGAAUUGCCUCGAUAUGUUUCAUUUGUUUUUAUCUAACGAAUAUUUGAGAUCAUGUUUCUUUACGGUUUGGCACUUUCUCCUUAAUAUACCCGGGCAGGUCCACAGGACCCCCAACUUGUUACAUACUAUACAAUCAUUUGCUUCAAUCUAAGUUUC